GCCCUCUACAUCCUCACCUUCUACUUCAUCCACCAUGACCAUCUCGCUCAAGCAACAGCGUAUCGCCACCGAGGUCUCCACCUCUUCUACUCCCUCUGUCGUCGACGCAUACAUCCAGGACGUGCGCGAGUCGCAACUAUAUGCCAAUGGCAAGCCCGUUGUGCUUAAUGGCCAGUCCCUCACCCUCCCCGCCCUCGCCUACGCCGCUCGCCGUCCUCGGACGCGCAUCGCUCUCUCUGCCGAUCCCUCUGUACGCUCAGGCGUAGAGGCCUCCCGGGCAGUCAUCCAGUCCAAGGUUGACCGCAACGUCUCCGUCUACGGUGUCACUACUGGCUUCGGUGGCUCAGCCGACACACGUACCGACGACGCUAUCGCUCUCGGUGCAGCCCUCCUCCAGCACCAGCACGGUGGUGUCAUCCUGCCCAACUGGCGUGAUUCCUGUUCGGAAGACUCCUCGAGCGAGGACGCCGACGAAUCAGAUGAACCCCUACCGCUCAACGACCCCGUAUCCGGAACCACCAUGCCCGAGUCAUGGGUCCGGGGUGCUGUCCUCGUCCGCAUGAACUCGCUCAUCCGUGGCCACUCUGGUGUGCGGUGGGCACUCAUCGAGAAGAUGGGCCAGCUACUGAUUCACAACAUCACCCCUGUCGUCCCUCUUCGCGGAAGUAUUUCGGCCAGCGGAGAUCUUUCGUCCCUUUCGUACAUCGCCGGCACGCUUAUCGGAAACCCCGGCAUCCGUGUCUGGUCAUCCCAACCAUGCAUCACGUCAACUUCGUCCAACGGACUCGCGAAUGGUUCCAAGUCUGCGCCCAAGAAGCGCGUCACGCGCUCAGGGCGAACCAUCCUUCCCAGCAGGAAGGCUCUAGAGCACUAUGGCAUCGAGCCCCUUCCCCUCGCCUCGAAGGAGCACCUUGGAAUCCUUAACGGCACGGCUUUCUCUGCUUCUGUGGCCGCUCAGGCCGCUCAGGGCCUCCAGAGCUUGGCCAUGCUUAGCAUUGCGACUACGGCACUCGCGACCGAAGCUCUCACUGGCACGGCCCACAGCUUCGUGCCAUUCAUCUCACAAGCGCGUCCCCACCCUGGUCAGAUCACCGCUGCAGCGACCCUCCACGCCCUCCUGCAGGGCUCCUCGUUCGCGACUGGAACCGAACAAGGCGCCCACGCGGUUGAGGAGGAAGUCAAGAUUGCCGAUGACGCUGGCCUGCUGCGCCAGGAUCGCUACGCGCUCCGCACGGCACCACAGUGGCUCGGGCCGAUGCUCGAGGACGUCGCCAAGGUCAGGGAGACCGUCCGCAUUGAGAUCAACUCGACGACGGACAACCCGCUUAUCGAGGCGCACGGCCCUGCUUCGCCCACUUCCGACGGCGGCAAGGACGAGCCGGUGCCCGGGACGGUGCACCACGGCGGCAACUUCCAGGCGCUGCAUAUGACGACGGUGAUGGACCAUGCGCGUCUUGGGCUGGCGCUGCUCGGCAAGAUCUCGUUCGCGCAGCUCACGGAGACGGUGAACGCGACGAUGAACCGCGGGUUGCCGCCUAACCUCGCUGGCGGCGAGCCGAGCUUGGAUUACGGUUUCAAGGGCAUUGAUAUCAACGCUGCAUCGUACCUCGGCGAGCUGCAUUCGCUCGGUGGGAUGAAUGUUGGCGUGGGCAGUGUCAGUGCAGAGAUGCACAACCAGAGCGUCAACUCGCUCGCUCUCGUGUCUGCACGGUAUACCCUCCAGGCGUACGAUGUGCUCUCGCUCCUUCUCGCAUCGCACCUCGUUGUCAUGUGCCAGGCAGUCGACCUCCGCGCCAUCCAGCGCGAGUUCUCGGAGCACGCGGCCCGGGUUAUCCGGUCCGAGGUUGCCCUCACGCUCUCCACCGCCAUCGCCUCGCCCGUGUCUGAGGCUGACAUCAACGCGCUGUCGGCGCUGCUCGUGUACGAGAUCCAAGACUGCCUCGACAAGAACAGCACGAUGGACACCCCCGCUCGCAUGUCCAAGGCAGCGGGCGCAGGCGCCCUCCCCUGGGUCGAGUUUUGUGCGUCCAGGCCCGACCUCAUCGUCGCCGCCGCAUCUUUCCCCGCUCUCCGCUCGCGCCUCGCCGCGCGCCUCGCACGCCUCUCGGGCGAGCUCAAGUGCGCGUACAUGGGCAUCCCCGUGGACGUCCUCCCACGCACCACCACCACCACCUCGGAUCUACCCGCCUCAAUCGCGUCCGCAUCGCGCGGCCCCGCGCCCGCGUCGGUGUACCUCGCCCCGGCGACGCGUGCGCUGUACGAGUUCGUGCGCGUGGAUCUGGGCGUGCGCAUGCACGGCUCGGCGAAUAUCCGCGGGGACGUGUUCGGGAUGCGCUCGGGCGGGCUUGUGGGGGCUGAUGUGGAGGGCGAGGGUGUUGAGGCUACGCACGGGGACAGCAUUUCGCGCGUGUGCGAGGCGAUUCGGGACGGGCGGAUGGAUGUGGUUGUUGCGGGGAUGUUUGAGGGUGCUGUUGCUGCUGCGUCUGCAUGAGGCGGUGCGGUCCCUUGGUGGGGCGUGUAGCUUCUUCUGCGCUGGAUGGACUUGGGUUAUUCGUCUGCUUGGUUGUGGGGGUUCUGGACGGGGACGACGGUGGUUUAUAUCUUUCAGCAAUAUACAUAGAGCUCUUAUUUUCUGAUUUCCGAUUCUUGCUUUUCUAUCGUUCACUUUUCAUACCAUCUGCAUACUUACAUUCACGCGGUUUUAUUUAUGACCACGAGCACGCCGUUAAUUACUCUCUGACUCCUCACGAUAAACCUGGACCUGUUGUAGAACAGUGAAAACGAAUGUAUCAUUCUUAUCCUUAUGCUUU